AUGGAGACCAUCAACAACGUAGCUUCGGCUGCUGCAAAGGCUAUCCUGGGUGAGGGCAACACUAGCAAGGAACCCAUUUCCGGCGCAAAGGGAGAUGUUACUCAAGGCGAACCCUAUGACGCCGGCAACCUAGAGACCCCUGGCCAGCAACAGGUGGAAAAGCGUCUGGAGCUCGGCGAGAGUGAUCGUAAGCCCGAUGAGAGCGAUCUUAAGCCAAGUGAAACCGCUGCGGUCACAACUCACCCUUCGAGUGGCGGUUCCCUCGAGCGGCAGGAGGCAGAUGUAAAGACUGCCGAAGGAAAACAGCAAAUCGAAAAGACCUCAAAGGGAAAGGAGACAACUGAGAAGACCCUCGAAUCCGAGAAAGACCUCGACGAGUCUGACCCCCCAUCCCCAAAAGGUCCGGGCCCUAGACCACUACCUGUACUGGCUAAAGAACAUCAUGGUGAUGCUGGUCGUAUUGAUGAAGAUAAGAAAUCCAAGGACAAGGCCGACGAAACAGCCAAGGAAACGCCCGACGAGACGUCAGAUGCUGGAGGUAAAGCUCCUGCUCAGGAAGAAUACGUUAAGAGUACCGGCUUCGCCGCCGAAGGGGGGGAUUUUGAUGCCACCAAGCCUGGUGCUGGCAGGGAGGCUGACCGCUUGCUCGGAAAGGAUGGCGCUACCCACAACGACUCUGACCACCCCGAGAAGCAUUCAUCGAAGAGUAAACCCAGCCUAGGCGAGCGAAUCAAGGCGAAACUUCACAAGCACUGA